GUUUCGGGAGAACAACGGAUUUUUGAUGUGUUGUCAUUUUUCUUCUCAUCUCCGAGAAGGAAAGUCCGGAGAUGGGAAGAAAAACAUGGUGUUGGUUUAUGAACAACAAUAUAAGACACAUAAAAACUUUGAUAAGGUACGAAGUUAAAGAAGAAGAAGCUGCAUUGAUCUUCCCAAAAGAUCCUCCAUGGUUCAAGGCAUGGAUGGUUCCAGUGAUGAUGAUUUUUGUUUUCUUUAUCGUCGCUGUUGUAGGAAUUUGUCGACGUUGUCGAAAUUGUCGCCGUGGUGAAAAUUCUCCCAGCAUCCAUCCUAUCUCGCAGACCACAUAAUUUGUUUAGAUUUCUUUUCUUAUCAAAUGUAAAUUCCUUUCUGGUGCAAUGUGAAUUCUACAGUUUCGCCAUAUAUUUUCUGAUCACUUUGGUCUAAUGAAAGAUAAAAGGGAGAUUUGACAAAAUAGAAUGAAAAACCACAUUAUUUGUCUUCAUGAUAGAAAACCAACCUUAGUUUGUCCCUAAGUACAAAUUUUCUCAUAAUUCCAAAAUUAACCUUUGAUUAAUUAAAUAAAAUACAAUUUAAAGUUGUUUAAAUAGUAGAAACAUAUUAGGAAUAAAAACAAAUAAAAAUUAAAACUAAAUUUUGGUAGAAAUUAAAAAAAAAAUUAAAACAAGAAAAGCUCCAAAAUGAACCCUUGAUAAUAUAUUCAUCAUAGAAGAAGAGUUAAUGAAAAUCAAACACGAUGGAUAAAUCAUGUUUUGAUUAAGAACAAGUGCUUAAUUAUGAUUUUUAUUU